AUGAAGCGACGUAGAUCGCCUAGAAUUGCCAACAGCAAGCAAAAGAAGCAAACAAGUUGCGCGGAAGCUUUGAUGGAUUCUCCUGCUGAUCGUCUUAGCUUUGUUUUAGAGCUUAUAGCGGGGCAAGUGUGUACAUUUUUGCUCACCGAGGAGAUCCUAUACUUGUUUCAAGUGUGUUCUAGUGGCUUGUCAGAAGAUUUCAUUGACAAAAUGGCACUAAAAGCACUUGACCAAUUUGUAAACGAAAACAAGACCCACGUGGGACGCCAGUGUGACUGUGACUGGAUGCGAAGUAUCCACUUUGAAAGAUCUUGUUUGGAGAAAUGUCCUCGCACCGGACCGUUCACUGUAAACAGGUCCAUGCCAAGUCUUCAAGCCCCAAAUGGUGCCUCAACAUUGUGGAGUGCAUUAGCACUGGCAAAGAGAGCUAUGCUACCCCUUUUUUCUGUGAAAAACUGGCAUACCACAGGGGCGCUUCUUCCCGUUGUGUGCUUGCUCUCAGAGGAUAACGAGAAACUCUGCAGCGAAUUAGCUGUCAAGAAAGCGAUGAACCGUGUUUGUAAAAAAGCUGGUGACCGAUUCGUCUACAAGUAUUCUACGCAACAACCAAAAGAUGAUAAAAAAAGGCCAGAUUUCAUUUACGAUCACUGGGACAGUAUCGAGGGCCCAAAAUGCGCGUACUGUGACGCUUUUAUAGAUCGACAACGUGUAGAUCCACGCCAAUUCACGCAGCCUAAUUUACGUAUCCCACUAAUGCGUGCUAACUGCAGGCGUUUGUAUCAGCCGCUGAAAGCUGCGAUGGAGAAAGAACUUCAGUUCGUGCGGUAUAUACCUCAACCAAAAUUCUCCACCACAUACAAGGGAUUGAUAGCAGGGAUUUCGCCCAGCGGCGUUUUCUGCGGGUUCUACAUCGCAAGCGAAUUUUGGCCUUACGAUCGAUUCCUAAGAGAAAUAACAUGA